AUGGGCGAGAUGUCGUUGGCAGUCGACGAUUGCAUACUUCUUAAGUUGAUGGAUAAGUAUAAACCGCAUUUGAAACCUUACGCUUAUCGUCAGGAUGCUUGGUAUCGUGUCCUUGAGGACUACAAUGAGAAAACGGGCAAUCUAUACCGGCAGAUACGCACGUUGAAGACGAAGUUCAACAGAAUGAAGGUUUUAUGCAAUGACGAGAACAGCGGCAUUGCUGUCGGUGAUCUUGAGUUAUUGCGAAAGCUUGUAGGGGAAAGUGACAGUGCCACGACGCACCGAGCUCGCCGAAAGCGGCGAACUCGGUCCCCAGCACUGGAGAUCGAUUCGCAGCAAGACGCAUUGGAUGCUAUUGAGAGAUCCGAAGUUGUUUGCGGCGAUGAGGGCCAUCCUUCAGACCAUGAUGAUGACGCCGCAGAACUGGCUGAAGAAGCUAAUGACGCAACCCAGCCUCCGCCUUUGGAUAGCAUAACAAUGGGGUUUUCGCUGGCAAACACUAACAACACAUCCAGCCCAUCCCUGGGCCUGGCAUCGGGACAGCCACCAGUAGAAGCAGGCGAGAGAACAUCUGCCGACGCAGUCGGUGAUCUUAAGCCGUUUGGUUCUUCCGGACAGAACUAUGAUGCGGAGAUAUACAAGCAUUUGAUUACCAGUCUCACCGGGAUCCUUUCACGCAAAAGAUGCAUGUCAGAGGUGGUUACAAAUCAGGAUCUUGUAACAGUGGACAAGCUCUAUACCGAGCUCAGGGAAUACCAAAGAACCGAGCAACAGUUUCGCGAAGAAGUCCUUCAUCGACUUGAUACAAUCAUUGCUCAUCUGGGUAACAGAGAAAACUUUCCAGAUUGA